GCCUCUGCGAAACCGCACAGAGACAAGAGUGACACGCCAUUUUCACUGCGACGCUCUCGGACUAUGAAGUUCCCUCGCACGCUUUCUUUUGUUUCUUCGCACCAUUAGUUUUUUCGCACCCUUGUUUUGUAAGCUUACAGAGAAACAUAUUUCUGAGGCGUUUUCAGGAAGUUUAAAGAGUCUAUAUUCUAUAGGAGAAGGGCAUCAUUUUGGUGGCAAAAUAGAGAUUAGGUGAACGUCACAGAAUGAGUCGCCAGGCGCCCGUCAGCAGCUCGAGCACGAGCGCCCCCAGCCGAGUCGUGGCGGCACCGCACUACGCCCGGCUGCAGCACGCCAGCGGACAUGUCCGCCCGAGUAUGGGAUACUGUGUGGCAGGGCCGCAAUGGCAGUAUGUCUCUAAUCAUCCGGUUUAUCCAAGCGUCCAACCCUAUGCGCAGCCGUACGUGGUGCAGCACCCCCUUGCUCACCCUCACCACCACCCUCACCCAAACCCCCAUGCAGAGCCUUACGUGGUCCGUCAGCCGAUUUUCCAGCCUCACUACCAUCCCUCAGUGGUGCCUCAGGGAUGUGUCAUUGCUGCCCCUACGUACGUCAAACCCACAACAGCAGUUCACCGACCCAGUCAGCAGGCCGUCCAUGCUGCAUCAGCAUCAUCAUCAUCAACAACAACAGCGGAAGCAGACGACUCCACUAAACAGAAGAGCCAGGCGUCUCCCAAAGUUGAUGACGACCCUGCAGUUAUCAAGAUCUUGCGGAGGGAGGAGACGAAACCACUGCAGGAGACCAAGACUAGUGAUCCGGUUCUACCACCACAGAUCAUCAUAACUGACAAGGAACCCUUACGGUUGGAUGACGCUGCCAAACGCACAUCCACCCCUUCCGUCAUAUCAGACGACACAGGGUUUGACUCAGCCAGCCAGAAGACGUCCGAAAGCGGUGAGGACAGAAACGCGGACUACCUUGACAUCGUUCACAACCUCAUAGAGAAGAUAGAACUCGAUCAAGGAGCCAGGAAAGCGCAAGACGACACCGAAUACAACGCAGAGGGCGUGCCAAUCUCCAUCGACAACUCCUACUCUAAUAUACAAUUCUCCCCAAACAAAGCCCCGAGUCUGUUCGGUCGCGCGUUCCGUCUUUCGGGGAGAUGCAAACCUAAGAAGAAAUCGCCAGUCAAACGGACGAAGGGAUUCGGCGCUCCUCCGAAAACAUCCGAGGCCGCGACGAAGAAUCCCGACGUCGAGGCGAAGACUUCCGAGGACGACAGUUGGGUUGAGGGAGAUGAUAACCCGAACCCUGUGUUGGCCUAUCAGAUCACAGAACCGACGUUCGAUUUCGACAGGGCGAGGCAGGAGGCUGAGAGGAGGGCGACAGAACGUGAGCUAAUGGAGAAUGACGAGGCACCGCCUUACCAUGGGAAGCGAUGGAGGCGAAAAUCAAAGCAGCCAAACAGACAACAACCUAUGUACAAGGCCUGGCAAGCUUUCAAGAAGCCCUUCAAGAACAGGAACCAGAGCCAGAGGGGCGAUGGCGACAGUUACUAUGGCAACCAAAAUGUCAACAAAAACUCCAGUGCUUUUUGGCAACGGGGUCGUACUCGGCGACGACACAACACAUUUGGGUCACAGAGACACCUGGCGGACCAACUCAAACUGCACCAGGACGGGCGUGUCGAAGGAACCUAUUCAGUCGACCCUCGCGGCGCAUGCGUCAACUUGAGCUUAAACAUCUCAAUACCAAACAAGAAAAAGAUUAUGUCGGCUGAGGCUGACCUUGAUGAAUCCCGAGGGACGAUGUUCGACGAUGAUGACGUAGCCGAGCCCGAAGUGCCCCCGAUGAUGAACGAGAACAUACCGAGCUCGAAACGACGCUCCCGACGCACGACUUCCGAGCCGAGGCGGCGUAAGAACUCGUAUCUACGGCCGAACGGCUACGAAGGUGCCAGACAACCCGGACAAGAUGACUACGAUGAGUGGGUCCAUGCAGGUGGAAUGGUGUCUGGAAAAUGGGGAGUCGUACCAAGGCGAGAACGCCUGCGCAGGACUAGCAGCCGCAAUGAAUUGUGGGUGGAUGACAACCCCUCUGCCUAUGACGUAGCCUGUGUGGGUGCACGUCAGGACGCACUGCGCAAGCGUCAGGCUACAGGUACACGUCAGCGGCUGGGCUCCAAUCAUGCAUAAAUUAUGAUAAUUCACGCAUAGAUAUCAGACUCAGACUACAAUAAGGAUUUGAACUUGAGCAAUGGUGAAAAUAAUCAAGAUCUAAUGUAUCUAAAGUUAACAGCGAUUUUUGAAAAAAUGAAUAUUGAAUGAUUGUGUAUCUUUCUGAAUUGUUCUCUUUGCACACACUAUCUAUAAUUAAAUCUUUAUCUCUAUGUAAUUGUUAUGUAAAGAAAAUGAAAUGAUCACAAAUUCUAGUGUUCGUUUUUGAACUUUAAUGCUCGAAAAUGUGUGUCCAAUGUGAAUAUAGAAAUGUUAUGUGUCUAAAGGAUUGCACUGUGGUAUAAUUGAUAUGUACCAUUAUUUAUUAAAUCAUAAUUCACUUUUGAAAUGCACAAAAAUAGUUCUGGUUUAUAUUCAUGUUGAUUAUAAUGUGCGGAUUGAAAUAAAGAUGUCAAUCUUUA